UAGAUAGCGUUAAUAGUAUUUAGUUAAUUAUGAUUCAGUUUCGAACUUCAGACUUUACAUUUGAGUACAUAUAAAGUCGUAUACGACAAUAUACGAAUUAGUUAUGAUUGUCAUGUCUAUGCCACAUCUUAUGUUUACGAAAGAAAUAAGAAGACUUAUUUCUACAAUGACACACAAAUGUGUUGCUAUUUGUCAAAUGAGAUCUAUAAAUGAUAAGCAAAAAAAUUUAGAAGUAGUUUCCCAAUUAAUUCAUGAAGCUAAGCAAAGAAAUGCUUGUAUAGCAUUCUUUCCAGAGGCAUGCGAUUAUAUGGCUGAAAAUAAAAAAGAAAUAAUUGAAUUUGCAGAACCUUUAAAUGGCCCAACUGUUAAUUGUUAUAAGAAACUUGCCGUCCAAAAUAAUAUUUGGUUAUCAUUGGGUGGUAUUCAUGAAGCAUUACCUGAUGAUAAAGAAAAAGUUUCUAAUACACAUAUUUUAAUUGACAAUGAAGGCAAUUUAGUAUCCAAAUAUCGUAAAAUACAUUUAUUUGAUAUGGAUAAUAAAGAAACAGGUGUACGUUUAAUGGAAUCAGAUUAUGUAGUGAAAGGAGAUGAUAUAGUACCACCUAUUUGUACACCAAUUGGCAAUUUGGCUUUAAGCAUUUGUUAUGACAUGCGUUUUGCUGAACAAUCUCUACUUCUAAAGAAUAUGGGAGCACAAAUUCUAACUUAUCCUUCAGCAUUCACGUAUCAAACUGGUGCUGCACAUUGGGAAAUAAUAUUACGUGCAAGAGCUAUAGAAACACAAUGUUAUGUAAUUGCUGCAGCACAAACAGGCGCUCAUAAUAAGAAACGUAUGAGUUGGGGACAUUCUAUGAUCAUUGAUCCAUGGGGAACAAUUCUGGCACAAUGUGCUGAGAAAAUUGGUGUAGCUGUAGCAGAAAUAGAUUUAGAUUUAUUAGCCAAAAUUCGGAAAAAUAUGCCAUGUGAGCAACAUCGUCGGACAGAUUUAUAUUCAUUAAUAAGAUGUCAAAAAUCGUGAUUUUUAUUAUAAAUUGCUUUGGUAUUUAAAAUGAUUUAUUUAGAUGAUAGGUAGAUAUUUGUACUGGAUAUAAUAGAAUUUACUACAAUGCUUUUAAAUUACUAUAAAUUAUUCAUAUUAUAUUAAUUAUGUGAUAUAAAUCGUUAAUUUAAUGUUUUUAGAAACAUGUCGAACUUUCCACAGUAUUUCAUCAGAAUAUACUAUAUUUUUUAUGAAAACAUUUAUUUUUAGCCUAGUAGAAUAUUAAGUUUUAUUUUGAUGAUAUAUACUAUCACUUGUAUCCAGCCUACUAUGAGGUCCUGUAAGAUCUGUAUCUACUCCUUGUAAUGCCCAAUUAUGUUCACAUAUUUCUAAAGCUUCCCAUUCAGAUUUAAAAGCUGCUUUUGGAUCUGGUGGCAUCGACAUUGCUGCACCCGACACUUGAUCUUGUAAAAGUCUAGAUGUAUCAGCAGCAUUAUUUUCACCAAGUACAAGAGUAUAGAUAGAACGUAAUCCAAAUACAUUUAAGAAGUACCAAGAUGCAGAAGAAACCCAUGCAGCAUCUAAAGUGACUAAUUCUAUGCCUCGUUGUAACAUUGGUUUAAAUCUUAAUGUUAAAGGAAAUGGGACUUUAGCUGAAAAAGAAUAAUAGUGUUAGGAAAAAAAUACAAUAUUUUUAUUUAGUUA